UGCUUGCGUCGACUCGUAUCCUUUGUUCUACUAUUUAAACUCAAGUUGAGUAAUGGCUGUGUGGAUAUACGGUGUGUUUUUAUUAAUAAGUUCAUGCUUAUGUUAUAAGCCAGUGGUUUUAAUACAUGGUGUGAUGACGGGCAGCGGCAGCAUGGAAAUGAUUUCGCACAGAAUCCAAGAGAAACAUCCAAACACAACCGUGUACAAUUGCAACAGGUUCGAAAACUGGUCCAGCCUGGAAAACAUGUGGCACCAAGUGCUGGAGAUUGGCCAGGAUGUGGCCAACAUCUCGGCGCAGCAUCCGGAGGGCAUUAACCUUAUAGGGUAUUCCCAAGGCGGCCUGAUAGCCCGAGGGAUCGUCCAGACAUUCCCCAAUGUCUCUGUCAGCACCUUCAUCUCUCUGAGCUCGCCACAAGCUGGACAAUAUGGAGCCGGUUUCCUCCACCUAGUAUUCCCCGGGCUAGUAAAGGAGAGUGCAUACGAGCUAUUCUACUCCCGAGUGGGCCAGCACACGUCAGUGGGGAACUAUUGGAACGACCCCUACCAUCAGACCUUGUAUGAGACGUACAGCGUGUACCUGCCUUAUAUUAACAACCAUAUUGCGUCAGCAAAGACGACUGAUUUCAAGACCAAUUUGCUGAGGCUAAAACGUUUCGUUUUGAUCGGAGGGCCUGAUGAUAACGUUAUUACUCCUUGGCAAAGCAGUCAAUUCGGCUACUACGAUGCCAAUGAAACCGUAAUUAAAAUGCAGGACCAGCCAAUUUACAAAGAAGACAAAAUCGGCCUCAAAGAACUGGACAAAAAUGGAAAACUCCACGUGGUCACUGUUCCUGGAAUCAACCAUUUCAACUGGCACAUGAAUGUUAGUAUAGUUGACGACUAUUUACUACCAUAUUUGGAUUAAUUUAACCAUAGUUUAGCAAUUUUAUCAUUUUUAUUACGCCGUAAACUGAGGCAAUUUUGUUUAGUUCCAUGUUUGUCCGUGGCGCUACUAAUCGUUCCGCAGUAUGUCAGUAGAUGGCACUUAAAUCAAACUCGAAUACUUUAGUUAGUCUUUUUCCCGUAGAAAUGUAGCGGCGCCACUUAUUAGUAUCACAUUAUAUCAAUAGAUGUCUCUGUGAUAUAUUCUUAUGAAUA